AUGGCGUCAAACAAUGUCCUCUCACCCACCGGCACCGGCCUCAUCGUAAGCUUCGGCGAGAUGCUGAUCGACUUCGUGCCUACAGUUUCCGGCGUAUCACUCGCCGAAGCACCAGGCUUCCUCAAAGCCCCCGGCGGUGCACCUGCUAACGUAGCCAUCGCCGUGAACCGACUCGGCGGCAAAGCCGCCUUCGUGGGUAAACUCGGAGACGACGAAUUCGGUCACAUGCUCGCCGGGAUCUUGAAGGAAAACGGUGUCAAAACCGACGGUAUUACUUUCGAUCAAGGCGCGAGAACCGCUUUGGCUUUUGUUACUCUACGCGCCGAUGGAGAGCGUGAGUUUAUGUUUUAUAGGAAUCCAAGUGCUGACAUGCUUCUUAAACCUGAAGAACUCAACCUCGAACUCAUCAGAUCUGCGAAAGUGUUCCACUAUGGAUCCAUUAGUUUGAUUGUGGAGCCAUGCAGAUCAGCGCAUUUGAAGGCAUUGGAAGUUGCCAAAGAUGCUGGCUGUCUUCUUUCCUAUGAUCCCAACCUCCGACUACCAUUGUGGCCUUCGGCUGAUGAAGCUCGCACUCAAAUAUUGAGUAUAUGGGAAAAGGCUGAUUUGAUUAAGUUGCUCCUUGUCACCCUUGGCGAACAUGGUGCAAAGUAUUACACUAAGAAUUUCCAUGGAACAGUAGAUGCAUUCCAUGUGAAUACAGUUGAUACAACUGGUGCUGGUGAUUCCUUUGUUGGUGCUUUAUUGGCUAAGAUUGUUGAUGAUCAGUCUAUACUAGAAGAUGAACCAAGGUUAAGAGAAGUGCUUAAGUUUGCGAAUGCUUGUGGAGCAAUCACGACGACUAAAAAGGGAGCAAUUCCUGCUCUUCCCAAGGAGGAGGAUGCACUGAAAUUGAUCAAUGCUGCAUAG